AUGUCGUACUUAAAGAAGUCACUAAAAAGGACUAUUCCGUUGCCUCCCGAUUAUGAGAUGAUUCAGGCCAUGGAUUUGAGUCAAUCGCCGGUGACUAACAAAGAGGACAAUAAGAUUAAAAACGACAAAAAUGAAUGCAAAAUAACCGAAGACGAGUUCAGUGAUAAUAAUUCAAAUACAAACGAUAACAACAGCAAUAAUAGCGAUAAUUUGAGUAAUAUUAGUAAUAGUGAGACACCAAUGACAACAACAACGAGCACUUGUAGUACAGAAUCGGCUAAAUCACGAAACCCUAAGUGUGCCCGAUGUGGAAAUCACGGCGAAAUUGUGGCCGUUAAAGGUCACAAACGAAAGUGUCGUUACAGAGAGUGUGUCUGCGAAAGAUGUAUACUGACUGUCGACAGACAGAUAUUGAUGGCUAAGACUAUUCGUGUGAAACGCCGACAAAAGGAAGAUAUGAGUGAUCCGAAUAUGACGGACGACCAGAGAUUCCCGAAACCUAUUUACAAAAAACAGAGAUCUGAUGACUGUAUUUCUGAGACGGACAGAGAAAGUGGUUACAGUACUAACAGCGAUGACAGCGAUAAACGCAAAGAUAUGAACGCAAUAAAACUUAAUGAAUACUUUGCAAUGAUUGACAACGAAAUCAAAGAACUUAAAGAAAUGAUUUUUGACCACAAUUUGUCUUUUGCUGAUAUUGGAGAAGAAUUGAUUGCACUCAAGAAUAACAUCAAUUAUUUUAUUAAUCAAAGAAUUCAAUCAAAAAAUUGCAAAAAUGUGUUGCCAUUUGAUGGAAAUCAUACAAUUGGUAGUUCGGUUGGUCCGACUAACAGCACACCUACCGUUCCAAUGGUAGUACCGCUUGUGAGUCCUCCAUUCAAUGCAUAUGAAACGUCUCAUCUAAACGGUCCCAACUCUACAGUCUCUGAGCCAAACAAUACUAUUGAAUCCGAUAAGACUGACAUUAGAUCAUUAUUUCCCAUAUAUUAUCACCAGUUAUUAAUGGCACAAAAGUCACCGUUUUAUUGUCCCAUACCAUCAGUGACACCAAUUAAUAACAUGAAUGGACAGUAA